AGAAAGAGAGAGAGAGUGUGUGUGUGAACAAACAAACAGCUAACCUCCCGUUGUGCGUCCUGCGCGAACGCGUGCCAUGGGCCCCGUUUGCUGCGAAACGCACACUCGCAUCAAUCUAGUCGUAUCCUGUACCGCAGCCCUGUUCCUCAGCGGCUAUGUAAUCCAACAGCGCACCCUCGGGCAGCUGCGUCAGGCCAUCAAGCCCGAGUCGAGGUCCUCGCCCAAGGCGUCGUAUUACGUGCCCGAACACCUCAAGGCCGCCGACGGCGCAGGGAAACAGGACCAGAUCAUCAUCGAGGUGAAGCCCACGGUGCCCGAGCGGCAGAAACAGCAGCAAGACAAGAAGAAGGCCGGGCAAAAGGCGGCCGGGUGGACGUCCGACAUGUGGCAGAAGAUAACGAGCUCGUCGGAAAAAGAAGAAAAGGGCGGCGUCAGCAAAGAAGACCUGGAGAACAUGGACGAGAGGGAGAGAAACAUUGAGGGAUGGAAGGUCAAGGACCAGAAGAACCCGGACCCCGAGGCGUCGAACCAGAAGCCCAUCAGUCGCGCCGAGAGGCGGAGGCUAAUCAAGGAAGAGCUGAGGCGGUUGGCGGAAGGGCAGGAGAAGGUCUACUACCAGAGACGACUGUGGUAGAAGGGCUGUUCGAAGAUGGCUCCGCGCAGGAGCCGGUCACUGGAACUGCGGUUCCCUGGAUAUGUAUAAGAUCUAUGAGAUCUAUGGCGUUGUUGUUUAUUUGGGGGGGCUGUUUAUGAGGGACGUUUAUGAUAUCAAUAUGUUUGGCCCAUCAUGUAUACUUUGUCUAGAUAAGCAGCUCGUUGGAGCUACGAGCAAACGAAAGGAACGAGU